CCCAUUUUAUUUACCCUUUUCCCAAUAGAACACCAAAUCCAGUGAUUCCAUUUAUUAAUCAACCUAAGAAAGGCGAUUUGGCCUUUGGAAAAAAGAGGAUUCAUUCCAUUGGAGGAGGAGGUUUAAUUUACAUCCAUAAAUACAACAAACCAACUGGAUAAUAGUGUCACGUAUUUAUUCAUUUAUUUUCUUAUUUUGGAUGAAUCUAAUUUUCUUUUUUAUGUUUGGCAAGAAUGGAUGCUGCCGCCAGCAUCCCAGUUGAUAAUUGUUUUUUUUUAUAUAUUUAUCGUUUCGAAAAUUAAAGAGGAAAAAUAAGAUAAUUCUUAAUAUCGAGAAAACGUAAAUCACACUAUGCAACUUGUAUUAGGAUUAUUAAUUAUUGUUUCCCUGUACAACUCUAGCUGGAUUUACGUUGCACAAAGUAAAUUUUAUAUUUAAAUUUCCAGCCAUUUUUACAUUUAAUUCAAUUGGAGAAAAAAAACCCGUUGACCUACAAAAUUCCAAUUAAGCAAGUCAGAGAACAGAAAUUCCCCAUAUCUCUAUUUAUUUUUAUUUUUUCAUGAUCAAUUAUUAUUGAUUAGGCAACGGUGGUCGGAUAUAAAAUAAGCGGAAAAAAAAACAGAGAGGCCGGUCGGAGACGGACUCGGCGCCGCUUCCGGUGCCGGAGAACAAAAAACGCGGCCCCGCGGGCCAUCCGUGUAGGUCCCACCAAUUUCGAGAUCCCACCAUUUUUGUCGCCACCGCAUUCCGCAGCCAGCCUGCUCCAAUCACGCGCCGUCGCUCUUUUUUUUUCCCAGUAAAAGAAAAAACUAAUUAUAAUUAAUUUAAUAAUUAUAACAGUUGUUACCUCCGAGCAGAAUUGCAAGCUAGCUGGUGUUUGCCGCUUUCAUCAUCUUCUUCCCUUUUUCCUCUCUUCUCAUCUCUCCCAUCCCCACAUGCGAAGCUGAAAAGCAGACUGCAAAAAAUAUCAGAGAAAAAGCGCCAUUCCCAUUCCUCCACCAUCACAGAACUCACUUGCCCAACAACAACAACAACAUUCCCACAAAUAAAGUCUCUCCCUUUUCUCUUCUUUGCUAAUCGGCUAACCAGGGAAGAAGAAGAAGGAGGAGAAUCCCGCCGGGCGCGAUGUCAGCUCCGGCGCCAACCUCGCCUCCGUCCACCAACUCCACCGCUCCACCUCCCGCCACACCCUCCGCGCCGCCUCCGGCGACCCCCUCCGCGCCACCUCCUUCCCCUCCCGCCGCCGCCCCUCCGCCGGCCACUCCCUCCGCUCCUCCGCCGGCCACUCCUUCCGCUCCUCCCCCGGCGGCGCCCGCCACUCCUACAGCUCCGGCGCCUGCUUCCCCUUCUCCGCCGACGACUCCUUCACCUUCCCCGCCUUCGCCUCCUUCCACCACUCCUUCGCCGCCUUCUUCCACCACUCCGCCGUCGACCCCCACACCUGUCACCCCUUCCACGCCGACCCCAAUCACGCCGUCUACCCCCGGGAGCCGCACGCCUCCGUCAUCCCGCUCCCCGCCGUCGUCUUCUUCCGGCGGCUCGCCGCCGAACUCUUCCUCCCCUCCCUCCAACUCGUCAUCGAUAUCGACCGGGACGGUGGUCGGGAUUGCAAUUGGAGGAGUGGCGAUUCUGUUGAUACUGAGCUUGUUCUGUAUUUGUAGAAAGAGGAGGAGAAGAGGCGACAAUGAAGCCGCUUACUACGCUCCUCCGCCGCCGCCUUCUUCUGGCCCUAAAGUUGACCCAUACGGCGGCCAGCCGCAACAGCAUUGGCAGCAGGUAGCUCCCCCGCCGCCGGAUCGAGUGGUGGGAUCAAUGGGAAAACCGCCACCUCCGCCACCAGCUCCGGCGAGACAGCCACCUCAGCAGCCGGCUUACCUGAGCAGCAGCGGGGCGUCCAAUUACUCCGGCACCGAAACCCCGCUCCCGCCGCCUUCUCCUGGACUGUCAUUGGGCUUCUCGAAGAGCAUGUUUACAUAUGAAGAGCUAGCGAGAGCUACAGAUGGGUUCUCGGAUGCCAACCUGCUGGGGCAAGGUGGGUUUGGAUAUGUUCAUAGAGGAGUUCUUCCAAAUGGUAAAGAAGUAGCCAUCAAGCAGCUGAAGGUAGGGAGUGGUCAAGGGGAGAGGGAGUUUCAGGCUGAGGUGGAGAUCAUCAGCCGAGUUCAUCAUAAGCAUCUGGUUUCCUUGGUUGGUUACUGCAUUACUGGAGCUCAGAGAUUGCUGGUUUAUGAGUUUGUGCAGAAUGAUACAUUGGAGUUCCAUUUACAUGGGAAAGGGCGACCUACGAUGGAAUGGCCGACUAGGUUGAAGAUCGCUUUGGGGUCUGCUAAAGGGCUGGCCUAUCUUCAUGAAGAUUGUCAUCCUAAGAUCAUUCAUCGUGACAUUAAGGCAGCCAACAUACUCUUGGAUUUCAAGUUUGAGGCUAAGGUUGCUGAUUUCGGAUUAGCGAAGUUUACGUCUGAUGCUAACACUCAUGUCUCCACCAGGGUGAUGGGAACUUUUGGAUACUUGGCUCCAGAGUAUGCUGCAAGUGGAAAGCUCUCCGACAAAUCCGAUGUGUUCUCCUUCGGAGUAAUGCUUCUAGAGCUGAUCACAGGGCGCCGCCCUGUUGACACGACUCACACUUACAUGGACGACAGUCUGGUGGACUGGGCUCGGCCCUUGCUUUCACGAGCUCUGGAGGAUGGAAACUACGACUCCUUGGUCGACCAAAAACUCGUAGACUACGACCACAACGAGAUGUCUCGCAUGGUCGCCUGUGCUGCCGCUUGUGUUCGCCACUCUGCUAGGCGUCGCCCACGCAUGAGCCAGGUAGUGCGGGCCCUAGAAGGAGAUGUAUCGCUAGCAGACCUCAACGAAGGGAUCAAACCAGGGCACAGCCUAAUGUACUCGUACGAAAGCUCGGAUUAUGACACGAGCCAGUACAACGAGGACAUGAAGAAGUUCAGGAAGAUGGCACUCGGCAGCAAAGAGUAUGGAGCGAGCGACGAGUACAGCGGCCCUCCCACGAGCGAUUACGGGCUGUACCCUUCUGGAUCGAGCAGCGAAGGGCAGACGACGAGGGAAAUGGAGAUGGGGAAGGUGAAGAGAAACAGCCAAGGUUUCAGUGGAAGCUCUUGAGUUGAGCCUUCUCACCAUCUCUCUCUGUAAAGCCAAUCCCUUCUUUCCCCUCCACUACUCUAUUUUCUCGAAUGGAAUUUUUAAUUUCGGUUUUGAAUUGGAUCAUUGGAUGUCACAUUGAUUUCCCAGAACGGUAUGUGUGUUCUUGGUGUGAUCAACCAACACAUGAGCAAAAAGUUUUUUUUUCUUCUACUUCUUCCCUUCCUGAUCAGGUUUUUUUCCCCUUUCUCUUUGAUUUUCUACCAAUGUAUUUAUUAGUAGCGAGUAAAUACUGGAAAGACAGGCUAAAUUGACAGUAUAGUAGAAGCUUUAUUUUGAUUCUUUGAUUCAUUUGCUGCUUAUUUGAAUGGAAUGUGAAUACAUGCUGCAAUGUGUAUUCGUUUUGUGUCCUUGAAGAUGCUUCUGUAGUUUCAAUUCAGCGACUAAGCCGGUAAUGACUCGUGCACAGUUCGACGAUAACAAGUUUAUCACUGUAAUUUGAACCGUUAGUCUUACCGAGUAGAUCUGUUGUAAGUUUUCGUACUAUACCCCGUUUUUGGUGUAAGGAGCACAUUCUAUUGAUGUGUGUGAGCAGGACAUGGCAACCAUUGAGAAUGAAUGCAGUGCAAGGGA